AUGGAGGAGAGAAUGGAGGAGAGAGAGGAGGAGAGGAUGGAGGAGAGAAUGGAGGAGAGAGAGGAGGAGAGAGUGGAGGAGAGAGAGGAAGCGCGGGAGGAAGCGCGGGAGGAAGCGCGGGAGGAAGUGGAGCCACAAAAGGGAAGAGGAAGUGGAGAAAGUGAGAGGGCGGAGAGGGAGGAGAGGGCGGAGAGGGAGGAGAGGGAGGAGAGGAAAGAGAAGGAGAGGGAGGAGAUGAAAGAGAAGGAGAGGGAGGAGAGGAAAGAGAUGGACGAGGGGAAGGAGAGGGAGGAGAGGAAGGAGAGAAAUGAGAGGGAGGAGAGAAAGGAGAUGGACGAGGGGAAGGAGAGGGAGGAGAGGAAGGAGAGAAAGGAGAAGGAGGAGAAAAAGGAGAGGGAGGAGAGAAAGGAGAGGGAGGAGGGGAAGGGGAGGAAGGAAAGGAAGGAGAGGGAGGAGAGGGAAGAGACGGAAGAGAGGGAGGAGAGGAAGAAGAGGGAGGAGAGGGAGAAGAGGGAUAAGAGGGAGGAAAGGGAGGAGAGAGAUAAGUGGGAGAGGGAUAAGUGGGAGGAGUUGGAUGAGGCACAUGAGGCAAAAGAAACCAGGGGGGGAGAGAAAAAGAAGGAGAAGGAGACAGAAGCGAGGAAGGAAAGGGAGAGAAAGCAGGAUCAAGCGGAGAAAGGGAGGGGGGAAACAGCCUCUGCUCCUGCUGCUGCAGCUGCUGCUGGGGUAACAGCACGAGCAAAGAGGGAAUUAGCAGCAGCAGCAGCAGCAGCAGCAGCAGCAGCAGCAGCAGCAGCAGCAGCAGCAGCAGCAGCAGCAGCAGCAGCAGAAGGGGGAGGAUCAGCAGGUGAAGGCUUAGCUGUGGGAGCAUAG